UUCAUACUUGAGAGAGCUCCAGCGUUCGGACAGUCCUCUUCUCAAUCUCUCCCCUUUCGUUAUCAUCUCUAACUCGAACUCGAAGGGAGGUAAAAAGAAGAAAGAGAAGAAAACAGACACAGGGAAGGCAUGUCGUCGUCGACGGCGGUCAGCCGGCUGAAACAACGAGGUGGCGCCGGCGGGAAGGUGACGGCGUUAAAGCCGCAGAAAACCCUAACGCCGGUCUCAGAGAAAAGAAACGGUGCGAGCUGCAAAAAGUUCAGCGGGAAGGAAAACCCUAGACCCCCUUCCGUCUCCAGGAUUCCGUCCGUAUGCCAGAAGCCGGCUAUUCGGCCUAUUCCCAUGUCGCAGGUUGAUAAGCCGUCGGGGCCUGCCAAAGAUGGAGAGUCCCGUGUUCGAUGGUCGACCUCGUCGGUUCCGAGAGGUAAGAGCUCUAACCCUUCUGAUUUUGCUCGGUUCCUGUCUGAUCUCCGAAAAGAGCGCAUUUCAAAGGUUUCUGAGUCGGGGAAAUCGGAGAAAACCCUACAACGUAGUUCUCUGGGUGGAACCCAACUUGCUGUGUCGAAAGGGGGGGACUGCAUGGAUGGUUUUAAGGUCCUUGAAAAAUGUCAACAGAGUAGAGCUCGUUUGGAUUCGAAUCCAAAGGCAAAUGAAGGAAUUGAGGAUGGUUCUACAGUUAUAGGAGAUUCCAAGGAUAAAGGUGAUCUCUGUGUGGAUUUGGGGAAAAAUAGCGGGAGUGGGUCGAAUUAUCUUAAUGUUGUACCAGGAAAAUGUAAUGAGAAAGCAAUUUUGGAUUCAAAGGCUAAUCCAAGUGAAAAGCGUUUGAAUGGUGUUAGGAUCUCCGCUGAAUGUAAGGGGGAUGUUAAGUUAAACUUAAAUUCAACUAGAUCAGCUAAAAACGAUGUGGAUGGUAAUUUACAGUCUUGUAACAAUAAUAAUUAUUUAUAUUCAAAUAAGAGAGUUGCAAAUGAUAAGAAACCGAAUGGUCAUGGGGUUUCCGAUGAUUGUAAGGGGAAGGCGGAUUUAAAUUCAUAUUCAGAAGUUGCAACUGAAGAAUCUGCCGAUGGGCUUGCUGUUCUUGAAAAAUCUAAUGGCGCGGGUAAUCUCAACUCAAGUUGGAAAGGGCCCAGUGGAAAAGUUUCGGAUGAUUUCAAGGUUUUAGAAAAUUCAAAAGACAAGGACUCCACAGAAGAAAAAAGUGUUGUAACUGUUAAGAAGUACCCUAGCAAGCUUCACGAGAAGCUCGCCUUUCUAGAAAGCAAGGUUAAGAGAAUUGCAUCUGAUAUAAAGCGGACAAAGGAGAUGCUGGACUUGAACAAUCCAGAUGCAUCCAAGGUGAUACUGUCUGAUAUCCAGGAGAAAAUUUCAGGGGUUGAAAAGGCUAUGGGUCAUGUAAUGGAUGAUAACAACAAUAAUCCAGGUUCUGUGAAAGCUGUUGAAGCCGAUGCUCAAAAUAAACAAGUCAAUCAUUUGAAGCAUUCGGUUAAAGAUUUGAAUCCUGAGGAAUUAGAAGCCAGGCUCUUUCCUCAUCAUAAAUUGCUUAGAAACCGGACAUCAUUGAACACAACAUCAGGAAGCAGUCAAAAACAUCCACCACAUGAACCAGAAAAUGGUGCCAACUCAAAUCCAGAAGAAGGAUCGCUUAGCCCCAUUGAUGAGAACUCCAUUGCUAUGGAAUUUUUAGCUUCACUUGAUACCAACCAAUCCAAGGUCAUCCCACGGGAUGGGAAUGUUAACUUGGAGUUUUGUGAAAUCCAGGAAACAGAAGGUUCUACAAGUUCGACAGCGCAGGAAAUAACAAGUAGGUUGGUUGAUGGAAUGACCAAUGGUGAAAUGGAGCUCACUUCUGAUGAAAACUUUGAGGACUUUGAUGAUCAGGAGAAUAGACCAGUAAUGAUCAUCCAAGAGGACACUGAGGAUAUUUGCAUGGAGCAGUUACAUGAGAUAGGGAGCAAGAUCUCGACUGGUGGAUGGUUUGUUUCUGAGGGAGAGUCAGUUCUUCUUGCUCAUGAUGAUGGAUCAUGCUCCUUUUAUGAUAUCACAAACACUGAGGAGAAGUCUGAAUACAAGCCUCCUGCUGGAGUCUCACCCAACAUAUGGGGAGACUGUUGGUUGAUCCGUGCUCCUGGUGCAGAUGGUUGCUCAGGAAAAUAUGUUGUUGCUGCAUCAGCUGGAAAUGCCUUGGAUUCAGGUUUUUGUUCAUGGGACUUCUAUACCAAAGAUGUUCGAGCUUUUCAUAUUGAGGAUGGAACAAUGACAUCUUCUUCAAGAACAGUACUUGGUCCCUUACCCAAUAAUGGUGUGUACAGAAGAAAUGCUUUAUCUGCAGUCCUGGCCACUGAAAACCAACAAUGGUGGUAUAAGCCAUGUGGACCACUCAUUGUCUCAACUGCCAGCUCUCAGAGGGUUGUCAAAAUCUAUGAUGUCCGUGAUGGAGAGCAAGUUAUGAAAUGGGAGGUACAGAGGCCAGUUUUAUCAAUGGAUUACUCAAGCCCGUUACAUUGGAGGAAUCGAGGGAAAGUGGUUCUGGCUGAAACAGAAGCCAUUAGUCUUUGGGAUGUGAGCUCUCUCAAUCCUCAGUCACUACUAACUAUUACUUCUUCUGGUCGGAAGAUCUCAGCACUUCAUGUCAAUAACACAGAUGCUGAAUUAGGUGGCGGGGUUCGUCAUAGAGUAAGUUCAUCAGAAGCAGAGGGAAAUGAUGGUGUAUUCUGUACACAGGAUACAAUUAAUGUGUUAGACUUUCGUCUUCCAUCUGGUGUGGGACUCAGGAUAUCUAAACUCGGUGUGAGUGUCCAGUCUGUCUUCUCUCGUGGGGAUACUGUCUUUCUUGGAUGUACCAAUUGGAGAUCAGUAGCGAAAGAGAUGCCCCGCCCACGAGUACAACAGUUCUCAUUGCGCAAAGGAAGGCUUGUCAGCACUUUUGUACUUCCAGAACUCAAUGCUCACUCCCACUACUCAGCCAUAACACAAGUGUGGGGGAAUUCAAACUUUGUGAUGGGUGUAUGUUCCUUGGGGCUCUAUGUGUUUGAUGCCUUAAAGGAUGAUGGAAUGCAACCACUCACUGUCAGUCAUGAGAAUACUCAAAAAGUUAAAGACAUCAUUGGCCCAGAUGACUUGUACUCUCCUUCAUUUGAUUACAUGACAUCUCGGGUGCUCCUUAUAUCAAGAGAUCGCCCUGCACUUUGGAGGCACUUGUCAUAGUUAUAGUGUCAUGCUUGGAUACCACUUUGAUAUCCUUUUAGUGCUGUUUACAUUUUAUUACCUCUUAUGUAAUACAUGAAAAAGAAUAUUGUUAGUUAUUUAAAUACAGCCCUUUGUUAUAUAAUGAAAUCAAUUCUCUUGAAUGUGAUAAUGAAA